AUGCAAGUCAAACGAAGCAUAGAACGAGUUGAACCCCAAUUAUUUCAGGAAUUGGUAACUCCUAUAAAGAGACAGAAGGCUUAUUAUGAAUGGGAAGUUCUCUUGGGAGUUAUCCCCUUCACUUUAUCGGAACCUUUCACAACUGAAACUUCUAUAAUAACUGAUUAUAACGUUCAGGAAGUGAACUUCAACGAAUUUCAACAACAGUCUGUCGUGCCAAAUGAGCUAGAAGUUGAGUCGGACGAAAUACUCGAAUUUCCCGAGGUUGAUAAUGGUGAGUAUGAAGCAGAUGUUUCUUCAUCCUCCUCAGAUGAACACUCUGACUCUUCUGACGAAGAAUCCGAUUUGGAUGCUUCAGAAGAAAGUGAAUUUGAAACUGUUGUCAAAAAGAAAAGAUGUGGUGCUAUGUGGAGUCCAGAAUGUCGUCGUGCGGGUCGUUGUAUUUGCGCAGAAAAAUUCGACGACUAUGAUUAA